GCAUAACAACACGGAACGUCAAAUAUGUUUAAAAAUAAAAUACAGCUGAUCGUCAAAGAGUGAAGUGUUCGGUGUAUUUAAUACGCUGGAAAAUGGAAUGGUAGUAAUCGUCUAAAUAUGGCGAAUAUUGCAAACCCUUUACCUUAUAUAACUAAAAGAGAAUACGGACUUAUAACUGAUGUUCAAUCACAGUUGUUUAGUAAACGUCUUAAUGCUGCAAAAAAUUUGUAUCGUCGGGAUUUAGUGUGCCACUUCGGAUGUGUAAACGCUAUCGAGUUUUCCAGCAAUGGCGAAUUACUUGUAUCGGGUGGAGAUGACAGGAGGGUGAUGCUAUGGCAGUUUGGACAGGCCAUCCUUGAUCAUGGGAAGCCAGAGGCUAUGAAAGCAGUCCACCAAUCAAAUAUAUUCUGUCUUGGAAUCACAAGUGAUAACCAGAAAAUUUAUUCUGGUGGUAAUGAUGAUAUUGUCAUUGUGCACGACCUUGAAAGCAAAUGCCCCUUAGAAGUUCUUCAACACCAGAGGGCAGUAUGCAGCCUCAGUAUUGACCCUUUUAAUGAGAGAGUGGUGGCUACAGCAGGGAAUGAUGGCCGCUUGCUGCUUUUUGAUACAAGACAAUCUGUUCACGAAUCACUGGUGAUAUCGCGGAGUCGCAAGGCGUUCCACGGUGUUAUGUUCCACCCGCAACAAGUGGGCGUGUUGGUGUCAGCUAACGCGCGCGGCGGCGUCGCACUGUGGGACUUGCGAUCACCGAAACACCCAGUCCUCCGCUACUUUGGCAACAACGGUACAUGUCAGAAUAGUAUGAGCGUCCGCUUUAAUUCCGCGGGCACUCACAUUCUUGCGCUGCGACGUCGCUUGGCGCCUGUGCUAUACGCGGUGCACUCACCCGAUCCCGUGGCGGAGUUUUACCACCAGGAUUACUACAACUCAUGCACAAUGAAGAGCUGCUGCUUCGCUGGCAAAGGCGACCAAUUUGUGCUGUCCGGCUCUGAUGACUUCAAUCUAUAUAUGUGGAAGAUACCCGAUAGUGGGGACUUCGAUAUGAUAGUGGAACCGCCGCACAUAGUAUUGUACGGGCACAGGUCUAUAGUUAAUCAAGUUCGCUACAACUCACAGUACUGCUUAAUCGCGUCCUCAGGAGUUGAAAAAAUUAUUAAGGUAUGGUCCGCGCUGGAGUACCCACAGAUGCGCGGAUCUCUGUUGGAGGAGGCGCAGGGCUCUGACAACCCGCGCGAGAUCUACAGCCACGAGGAUUAUGUCUCCCUCGUACAUCAUAGUGGACAGUAUAUUUCACACAACUACGCGGAGCAAUCGACAGUGGAAGACCAACGUAUGAUGGCUUUCUUCGACUCAUUGGUGCAGCGCGAGCUGGAGUGCCUGGCGGCCGAGACGGACUCGUUGGACGCGUCCAGCUCCGCAUCGCCUCCCGCCGUAGACUCGGAUGACUCUGACCGCGCUGUCGCCGAUCUCCUCACCCUGCAUCCUAAACGAGUAAAUCCAAACGGCAACCGCAGUCAGCGAUGUCCCAACAGGCUGGCCCGGCUUGUUGCCUCGCGGUAUCCCAAAAACACGCGCGCACAGAAGCGAGGGUCACAAAGGCGUAACAAACAAACUCGUUCAUGUGUGAGCAAAUCCAGUGGUAAGUGUGAUAGUGCGGCUGCGGGCGGGGCCGGGGGUGGGAGUGCGGGGGUGAAGGGCAAGCGUGCGGCGCCGCGGCGUGCACGUGGCCCGCGUCGCACCACGCCCCGCGCGACCCGCACGCCGCGCCCCCCGCGACCUCUCUCCGCACCCUCCAGCGACCGCACAGACUCCGAUGAGCCCGCCCACAACGUCUAUAGGAACCCCGGCAGGAUUUUACGACCACUGCGACGUCGAAUGAACUUAUCGAGGACUACAAAGAGGAAAACUAAGGUCACUAGUUAUAGGAAAGUUAUGAAUAUAAAAAACAACGGCUCUGCCAUGGCUCAGGACAGUAGUGAUAACAAUAACUUUACUAAUUUUAAUCAAUUUGAAGAGAAUUUAGCACAACCAAGCACUAGCACAGGUUAUAGGGGCCAAAGUUCAGCAUUAUUUCGGAUAGCGGAGGUGGACUCCGACGACGACCAAUCGGUGAGCAGCCGGCCUAUAUCACCUCGGGCGCAGGGCGGCGGACCCGGUGCGCCCGGCGUGCCAGGCGACCUCGUCAGCAUCGUGCCCACACCCGUCAACGGCUCGCGCGACUCCCUCGGGGACACGCUGCGCCUCGACCCCCCGGCGCCCUCCUCGCCGCCCUCCCCGACGCCCGCCACGCCCCCCACACCCGCCACACCCGCCACUCCUGACAGCGGGGUGGGCACGUGCGCCGGCACCGGCUCGCGCUCAUCCCGCGGCCAACGUACUACCCGCGCACAGGACGACGUCUCCGACGACCCCGAAUACCAGACCCUGAAGUUCCGACAGCGCGUCAAACGAGCGAGACGCAAUUACAGGAAUCAUAUGGACUCAGAUUCAAACUGAAAUAUCAAUAGAUAGAUAUAAAAUUGUGUUUCAUAUUGUUACUAUA